UUUUCUGUAAUAAAAUGUUUCUAAAAUGACCUUAAGUUUGGUUGAAAUAAGUUUUUUGUUUGUCUUAUGUUUCCCACUGUGGACAAGCGUGUGAACUCUUUGUCAUUGUGUGUUGGGUGAAUGUAAUGGUUGUGUUGCACACCAAAUGUGCUUCCCCACUUAGUGUGUAUUGUGAAACUUGUCAGUUAUUCAUCUCAGGCCCAUAACCUUGCCUUGAUUUGAGAAUUGUUCUGUAUUGGUACUGCAUUGUUUAGCUUAGCUACUUAAAAAAACAUAACAUUUAUGUAAUGAGAAAACAUUAAAAGAAUUAUACUAGGAAAUAAAGCAUUAAGGUUGUUGUAGACAAUGAAGAACAGAAGUUUAGCGGGUAACUGUGGCAUUGCUGUAUUCAUAAUUGCCCUUGUGACGGUGGCAUUGGCAUUCGGCACGCCUAGUUGGAUUGUCAGUGAUUCAAGAAUUAGAGGCAAUCAAUUAGACAGACUGGGUCUAUGGAGUCACUGCUUCAGAUCGCUCCCCGAUCCUUUGGAUCAAUAUCAGAGGCGGUUCUUUGUUGGCUGUAGAUGGGUUUAUGAUCCAUUCACUACAGGUUACGACCGUAUAUUAGGAUAUCUACUUCCAGGAUUCAUGAUAGCAACACAAUUCUUUUUCACCUUGUGUCUAGUGGGAGUGCUCAUUUCUACUAUUUUGGUUCUUGUAUUCUUCCUAUGUUGUGGACCUGAUCAAAAUAGAUUUAUAUUAAUAAUCCAGAGUAUAGGAUACAUAAUGUUGGGAGCUGGUAUAAGUGGUUGUAUUGCUGUUAUAGUGUUUGCCUGUUUUGGAAACACUGAAGGAUGGAUGCCAGGGCACCCUAAUAACUAUUUUGGUUGGUCAUUUGGUCUUGCCGUAGUUGGAUCUGUGGCCUGCAUCAUCACAGCGGCUCUGUUCUUAACAGAAGCAAACAUUCAGUCAAAGAAACGAAACCGAUUUAAAGAGUCGCAAGCACGUUUUGAGAUGGAACACGAGUCUAAAGCCUAAUACAGUUUUAGAAAGAACUGCCUUUUUGUAGGCUAAUAAGAGCUUACAGUGUUAACCAUUUUUUUUACAUCCACCAACAAUUGAUAUAAACUGCCAGCCUUAAGUAAGCUUUAAUAUUUUAAAAUGAUAAGGCUUCAUAAAGCUAUAUUUAAAUUUUAAGGACAAUAAUUCUUUUCUCAGCACACCAAAUUAAAAAAUAGUAUUUA